GAGCUCAGACAAGGCUCUGUCCAGCCAGCUCAACUCAACUUAUCCACACCAACUCUUCAGACGGAUGUCUUUCCUAUAAGUUUACUAAACUGAAGCACUGACCCAAGUUCUACAACUUUAAAUUAGAUUAAUUACUCUUUAAUUAAGGUUUCUUGUUUGAGGAUAAGUAGUGCGCGACACUUUAAGAGAAGAAACGCGCGUAUUGAAACAUCCAACUUUGGAUUUUAGUUUCUGUUUCUCGUCUUUCAGUUGUGAAAACCCGACUCGUGAUGGUUGUCCUGUCACUUAGGUUACUAUUGGUAGGAGUUAUAGUAAGUGUGACUUCAGCUCAUCUGGCUGGUGAAAGUGUAGAUAAAGAAGAUUCGUUGAAGAGCCGUCUAAAAGAGUAUGGCCUCAUUACUCCCAUCAGUACAGACGCAGAGGGACACUACCUGUCGCAUCUUCUUUCGGCCAAUCACAAGCAGCGUGUGAAGCGGGAGGUUUUGAAAGGGUCAACGCAAGCGGUAGACAGGCUGUUCUUUAACAUCACUGUCUUUGGCAAAGAAUUCCACCUCCGACUACAUCCCAACCAAAGAUUAGUGGCUCCAGGAGCCAUGGUGGAAUGGCACGAUGAGAUAGAAAUAGCUCGGAAUGAAACUGAGAAUGGAACCCACUCAGAGAGAAUACUCAGAAGGGAGUUGCUGAAAACAGACUGCACUUUUAUAGGGGACAUCACGGAUGUGCCUGGAACCUCUGUCGCCAUUAACAACUGUGAUGGGCUGGCUGGAAUGAUUCGAACUGAUUCUGAUGAGUACUUCAUUGAGCCUCUGGAGCGAGGAACACAGGAACACGAGGACACGGGAAGAGUGCAUGUGGUGUACCGAAGGUCUGCAGUAUUGAAAGUGCCUUCCGACAUCUCCUUGGAUUACCAGCCGAUUGAGCCUGAAUUGGAUGCACCAAAGGUGCUGGAUAGUAUUGCUAAACAAGUCAACCGGACAGUCAGGAGACGGAGGAACGCUGGUGACGAUGACUACAGCAUUGAGGUGCUGCUUGGUGUAGAUGAUACUGUUGUCCGUUUCCAUGGGAAAGAGCAUGUGCAGAACUAUCUCCUCACCCUCAUGAACAUUGUGAAUGAGAUCUACCAUGAUGAAUCAUUGGGAGUGCACAUUAAUGUUGUGCUUGUGAGGAUGAUCAUGCUUGGAUAUGCUAAGUCCAUCAGUCUCAUUGAGGGUGGCAACCCUUCUCGAAGCCUGGAAAAUGUGUGCCGCUGGGCAGUCAACCAACAGAAAGAGGAUCCAGAGCACUCCGAGCAUCACGACCACGCCAUCUUCUUGACCCGGCAAGGCUUCGGUCCCACCGGCAUGCAAGGAUAUGCCCCUGUCACCGGGAUGUGCCACCCUGUCCGCAGCUGCACCCUCAAUCAUGAAGACGGCUUCUCUUCUGCCUUUGUUGUAGCCCAUGAGACAGGACAUGUGCUGGGAAUGGAGCAUGAUGGUCAGGGCAACCGCUGCGGUGACGAAACAGCCAUGGGAAGUGUCAUGGCCCCUCUGGUGCAAGCAGCCUUCCACCGCUACCACUGGUCAAUGUGCAGUGGGCAAGAGCUGAAGAGAUACAUUAAUUCAUAUGACUGCCUGCUGGACGAUCCCUUCAAACAUGACUGGCCUCAGCUCCCUGAACUACCUGGCAUCAAUUACUCCAUGGAUGAGCAGUGUCGCUUUGAUUUUGGAGUUGGAUACAAAAUCUGUACUUCAUUUCGAACAUUUGAUCCAUGCAAGCAGCUGUGGUGCAGUCAUCCAGAUAACCCUUACUUCUGCAAGACCAAAAAAGGGCCUCCACUGGACGGGACUGAAUGUGCACCUGGGAAGUGGUGCUACAAAGGUCACUGCAUGUGGAAGAAUGCCAACCAAGUAAAGCAAGAUGGAGCCUGGAGUGCCUGGAGCAAGUAUGGCUCUUGCUCUCGCUCCUGUGGGACGGGUGUCCGCUUCAGAACCCGCCAGUGCAACAACCCUGCUCCAUCUAAUGGAGGUCAGGACUGCCCAGGGGUGAACUAUGAAUACCAGCUGUGUAACAUAGACGAUUGCCCCAAACACUUCGAGGACUUCAGAGCUCAGCAAUGCCAACUUCGCAACUCCCACUUUGAAUACCAGAAUGCCAAACACCACUGGCUUGCCUACGAACACCCAGACGCCAACAAAAGAUGUCACCUUUAUUGCCAGUCAAAAGAAACAGGUGAAGCUGCUUACAUGAAGCAGCUGGUGCAUGAUGGGACAAGGUGCUCUUACAGAGACCCAUAUAGCAUCUGUGUACGUGGAGAGUGUAUGAAAGUGGGCUGUGACAGGGAAAUUGGCUCCAGUAAGGUGGCGGAUAAGUGUGGUGUGUGUGGGGGUGACAACUCUCACUGCCGAACUGUGAAAGGAACCUUUACCCGUGUGCCUAAGAAAGCCGGGAAAACAAGAGGAGCCUUCUUGCUGCCGAAAGGAGCUCGCAAUGUGUUUCUGAAUGAAACAGAGGAUUCUAGAAAUGUGAUGGGUUACCUAAAGAUGUUUCUCAUUCCUCCUGGGGCUAGACAUGUGAUCAUACAAGAACAUGAGGCUUCUCCUCAAAUUCUUGCUAUCAAGAACCAGGCAACUGGGCAUUACAUUCUCAACAGCAAAGAAGAAGAUGUGAGAUCUCGGCGCUUCAUCGAGAUGGGAGUGGAGUGGGACUACCUCAUCGAGGACGAUGUCGAGACUCUUCACACUGAUGGUCCUCUACAAGAUGCAGUUGUUGUUCUGAUUAUACCUAAAGACAAUGAGACAAGGUCCACGCUAAUGUACAGAUACAUCAUCCAUGAAGAUUCAGUGCCCCUUAACAACAAUAAUGUCAUUCAGGAGGACACAUAUGAGUGGGCACUGAACAGCUGGUCCCAGUGUUCAAGGCCUUGCGCUGGAGGAUUCCAGUACACCAAAUAUGGGUGUCGUAAAAAAGGGGACAACAAAAUGGUGUACAAAGGCUACUGUGAUGUCAGCAAGAAACCCAAACCUAUUCGAAGAAUGUGUAACUUACAGGACUGUACACAGCCACAAUGGAUCACAGAGGAGUGGGAACACUGCACUAAAACCUGUGGAAGCUUGGGAUACCAAAUCCGCACCGUGCGCUGUGUCCAGUUCCUUCAUGAAGGCACAAACCGCUCUAUCCAUAGCAAGUACUGCAGUGGGGAAAAGCCUGAGAUCAGGAGGCCAUGUAACAGAGUGCCCUGCCCAGCCCAAUGGAGAACUGGGGCAUGGUCAGAGUGCUCAGUGUCCUGUGGAGAAGGUGUGAUGCGACGUCCGGUCACAUGUCGUAUUGGAGAUCAAUGCACCGGCGAGAAGCCCGAGUUACACAGGCCCUGCAGGCCAGGACCCUGCCAUGAUGAGCCAUGCAGAGGAGACAAGUCCAUAUUCUGUCAAAUGGAGGUUCUGGCUCGUUAUUGCUCAAUACCAGGUUACAACAAGCUCUGCUGUGAAUCCUGCAGUAAGCGAAGUGGCACUUUUGCUCCUCUUCUGCACGAAGCUGCUAAGACAGAAGAGGAACUUCGCUUCGGUUCAGCCUCCCAACUUCUGGAGACACUCUCAGCCUCUCUAAAUGGAACUCUGAAAGUCUCACAGCUACACCAGCAGGGACCCUUGUCACAAGGCCAAUUUUCCAAGCAGACCACCACUCCCCCGCCUCGCAAACUCAAUACCAAGAACAGCAAGACUCAAAAGCGCCUCAAACUAGGUACAAGGAAUCUGCCUGCAAUGACGAUCCAUAGCUUGUGGAACAAGGAUGCCGCUGAAGAUGCGCCAUGGCAGCUGGAAAGUUUCCAAGAGAGUCAGUGGCCAACAGCAUCAUCCGAGGUGGAGAGAUGAAGGCUAGUUUGUUUGUUUUUUUUCUUCUGGACUCUCUCUUAUUUGUUUGUUGUAGACAUAGACCUUUAACAAUCAUCUUUCCCUUCAGAUCAUCCUAAAGAUAUUUAAAAGCAAGAGAGAGUAAAGUGCUGGUUCACUUUUAAAUGUUCUCAAUUCCCCCACCAGCAGUAUGUUUUGAAAACACACUUGUCUAUCACACACUGUUGUGAUGGGGAACGUGCCAAAGAAGUUCUUACGAUGAUCCUUUCAUCAGCUUGGUAUGGUCUAUAGGGGUUUGGUGCACGUACAUAAAGAGACUCCGGUGGUACUCGUGAGGAAAUGCUUGUAGUUGUAACAAACUUCACAAACGGUUUUAUUUUUACCAGCUCCAAACAUGUUUGACCAAUUAAUAUUUAUGAACGUUCCUGUAAAUACUGUAUAUGUAAAAUGUCAGUAUUAUUUUUACAAAAAUACAAACUGAGGAUUUUUAAAAAUAAGAGAUUCAGGAGCAUUAUCGGUGCUUUUUAUAUUAAGAACACUUUAAUAAUAUACUAGGAAAUGUGCGAUCAGCCAUGAGUUCAGCUCUGAUGAAUAUAUAUUCCAAAACACUGUGAGCCCACAGGAACAAACAACAGUGAAAUAAAAAAUUGCCUUAAAAUAUUUACUUUUCAUUCCAAAAUGAUUUCAUUUAUGAAUCAGCCUCUCAGCAAGUCAUCAAUCAAAUUAAUUAUCAUAGUUUUUUGUUUUCCUCCUCAUUUUGCCAUGUUGUUGAGGCUUCUCUUUAACACUUGCUUGUUAGAUUUCCCUUGUUUUGUCUUAUGAAUUCAUCCUCGCAGCUAGAAGUUUAUUUAGCCACCAACAAAAUUGAGCUUGAACGUCAUUAAAAGCAGCUUCACCAUGGUGUAGGAUGCCCAUCAUACAUAUUGUGAGAUGAGUUGGAUGUUUAAGGCCAGAUUUGAAGGAGUAAAGCUAAACUUUCUGGAGAUCUUAUACUGUGAGACACUGCUCAAGAUAUCUCACUUGUCUGAGGGGGAGGAAAGCUAUUUAUUUUUUAUAAUUAAGAAUUCUAUCACAACCACAGUGCAUCUGACUGCAAUACCAAGGAAACCAGUUAGUCUAUCAGUGGAGUUCAGCUGUUCAUAACUGUACACACACAUUCACCUGUGUGCCACUGUAAAGCUAUUGUAUAUACCAUUGAGAACUUUAGAGUAUUUAUUAAGAUUCAAAGUUCAACAUCAUGUCUUACGUAUGUGCAAAAUUAUCUGUCAUUUCAGACCAAAAAUGCAUACUCCCAUUGAAAGUAGCUCACAAAAGUAGACGUGAAUAACCUUAUGGUAAUUUUAACUGUUAAUUUAGAUACAAAUAAGACACAUGCUCAGUUGUUGAGAUGUUAAAAGGUAAAGCUGUUUCACAGCCGUUUUAAAAUAGAAAAAUUGUGGAGAAAAUCCUAAACAAAGCUGUCAUUUACAGUGAUUCAUAUUGUCCUUCGACCAUAAAUCCCCCAAUCCUGCACGAAACUGUUAAUUUACAGUUAAUUCGUAGCUUUUAAAAAAAUAAUAAUUAUAGUGGAUUUUGAUCCUCUAGAAUAGACAAUAGUUGUAUCAUUAAACCAGUUAAAGCUGAGGUCAAUGUUGUGUGCAUCACAAAAAAAGUUUACAUUUUUAUUGUUCUUCACUUUACUGCUAAUAAACUGUUGCUAAUAUUAUCAACAUGCUUUCAGAGACCCAAAAGAAUGCGAGAUAUAAGUUAAUUUGACAAUCCCUAAGCCACAGACAGACACCUAACAUAAAGGAUAAAGCAUAUUUAUCCUUACAAUUCCAGGUUAAUUUAAGUGUCAAUUGUUGUUCUGUCUUACAGUUGCUAACCGCUUGAAGUCAUUUCUUUUUGUUUUAAUUUGUACUUUUGUUAGUUGUAAUGGAAGUGUACACUACUGAGGCUGUUUGUUGUAAUGGGGAGUUCAUAGCAAUAAAGAAAGUG